AUGCAAACCUCCAUCUGUAAUGCAGCUCGGUCAUCCCAUCACUGGAAAAAGGGAGCUGCACCGACUUCCUUGAAAGCACUGAACGCCUCGGUGUACGACACUCUUCCAAAGCCCACCGAGGCGAUUUGCCACUCAUUGGCAACCUUCACUAGGUUCUUAGUUGGUUACAACAAGUCGACGAAGGCCUAUCCACCUGGGCCUACGGUAGAUGAACGAUGCCAUCUACGACCUCUAACUCAAGCCGAAAUCAUGUCUGACCGGCAAGUAUUUUUAACCGAACCGGUGACUGUCGACAACGGGGUACCUGAAGCACCACUUGAUAGAUUCAAAAUGUUCGCCCAGAAUGACUUGAGACGCCAUGGUAUCAACCGAUUGACAUUCGAUUGGGCAAAGGCCGACAGAGAUAUCUGGAACCGUACGAUGGCUAUAUUCGUUGUCAAGCAUUGGCAGUAUGCCAAGUCGCAAGGUGCCUUGAAGCAAUCAGUGGAUUCGGCCCACAACACAGAAUCUAACUGUAUUGGGAUAGUUCUCCGUUGGAUACGAGGUCGUACCGUGGAAAUCCGCCAAGAACGUCAAUCUGACGAUAAAUAUCGCAAGAAGGAAACCCGCCGUAAAAAAAGAGUGUUGUUUAAAUAUCGGUGUGAUUCACUAUCCCGUCUUCUCCUGGCCGCCAAGAUUGAUCAGCAAGCUUCCGACAUCCUACCGCAUCAUGACUGUUGUUCCGAAACGGAAUGGGAGCCCGAGAACACACACUAUCCAUCAGUCGGCUUGAUUUGGCGAAGUCCACAAUACACAAAGGUUCUCCAUCAAAUCGACAAGUUGAGUUAUAAGUACAGUUCUUCGACUCAAGGCCCAUUACUCGCAUCCCAGAGGUUUGAUCAAUGUCGAACCUCUGCUACUCACAAUGAUCCGAAAGCUGCCGUUUGUCCCGGCCUUCCGGAAAACUGCUAUGAGCCAACAUUCCUCGCAUAUUUAACUCCUGAAGAGAAGACUGCACUUCGAAUCAAGCCUGUCUCAAGUUGGAUAAAUACACUACCAAAUCAAAUACAAAAUUUUGCUGUGUAG